AGACACAGGAUGAACCCACUGAUAAAAACUACAGCUAGCUAAACAGCUAUAAAAUGCCCAAAGUUGGGUCUACAAAAACAGUUCAAGUUGAAAAUUCUGACAGUGAUAGCACCAUGGUGGAAAAAACAGCUGCGAGAAAGAGCAAGGACAAGAUUGCAUCCUACAGCAAAACUCCCAAAGUGGAUAGGAGUGAUGUGGGGAAGGAAAUGAAAGAAAAGUCUUCCAUGAAACGUAAACUUCCUUUUGCUAUUAGUCCAUCCAGAAAUGAAGAUCGCAAUUCAGACACAGAGAAGGAAGGUCCGGAGAAAAAGAAAGUGAAGAAGGAUGCUGGAAAUAAGAAAUCGACACCAGUUAGCAUCCUUUUUGGUUAUCCUCUGUCAGAGCGCAAACAGAUGGCACUUCUCAUGCAGAUGACGGCAAGAGAUAACAGUCCAGAUGCAACCUUAAAUCAUCACUUACAAACAGCACCAACACAGAAGAAAACUCCAAGCUCUUCCUCAAGACAAAAAGACAAAGUUAACAAGAGAAAUGAGCGAGGGGAAACUCCUCUACAUAUGGCAGCAAUUCGAGGAGAUGUUAAACAGGUUAAGGAGCUAAUCAGUUUAGGAGCAAAUGUGAAUGUCAAAGAUUUUGCAG